GACAGAAUCAUUAAAUGUCAGCGUUUUUUUUCGUUUCUCGAUAAAAGAAGGAAAAGUGCGUUGAACAAGAAAUAAGGUGUGGUUGAAAAACAUAAAUUUUACUAUUAGAUUAAUGCGUUAGCUUAUAAAAAACUGUUAAAGUUAUUUGUGAAAGUGUAAAAGUUAAAGAUUAAAGUAACAGCAUAAUGGCAGGACGUUUACCGGCUUGUGUGAUCGAUGUUGGCACAGGUUAUACAAAGUUGGGUUAUGCGGGUAACAAAGAGCCGCAAUUUAUUAUUCCGUCGGCCAUUGCAAUUAAGGAGACCGCGCGAGUUGGUGACACUAACACCAGGAGAAUAACGAAGGGUGUUGAAGAUUUAGAUUUCUUUAUUGGCGACGAGGCAUUCGAUGCUACUGGUUACUCAGUUAAGUAUCCAGUCCGUCAUGGAUUGGUGGAAGAUUGGGACUUAAUGGAACGUUUUCUGGAGCAGUGCAUUUUUAAAUAUCUGCGUGCAGAACCCGAAGAUCAUCAUUUUUUGCUCACUGAACCACCGCUUAACACGCCAGAGAAUCGCGAAUAUACCGCUGAGAUUAUGUUUGAAACAUUUAAUGUUCCUGGUCUCUAUAUCGCCGUGCAGGCUGUACUUGCUUUGGCCGCGAGUUGGGCCGCCAGGCCUGUAGAAGGACGUACACUAACAGGCAUCGUUGUCGAUAGCGGUGACGGUGUAACACACGUUAUACCCGUGGCUGAGGGCUACGUAAUUGGUUCUUGUAUCAAACAUAUUCCCAUUGCUGGUCGCAAUAUCACCUCAUUCAUACAGAGUUUAUUGCGCGAACGUGAAGUAGGCAUACCGCCAGAGCAAAGUUUAGAAACUGCCAAAGCGAUUAAGGAGAAGCACUGUUAUAUUUGUCCAGACAUUGCCAAAGAAUUUGCCAAAUAUGAUACGGAGCCGGGCAAAUGGAUACGCAACUAUACGGGUACAAAUGCGGUGACCAAGAAUCCAUUCAGCGUCGAUGUAGGUUACGAACGUUUCUUAGGACCUGAGAUUUUCUUCCAUCCCGAAUUUUCGAACCCCGAUUUCACAACUCCACUAUCGGAAAUCGUAGACAACGUCAUACAAAAUUGCCCGAUUGAUGUGCGACGACCCCUAUACAAUAAUAUAGUAUUGAGCGGAGGUUCCACGAUGUUCAAAGAUUUCGGACGCCGUUUACAGCGUGAUAUCAAACGAUCUGUUGACACACGCCUCCGAAUCAGCGAAAACUUAUCUGAAGGCCGCAUUAAGCCAAAACCAAUCGAUGUACAAGUCAUAACACAUCAUAUGCAGCGAUAUGCUGUGUGGUUUGGAGGCAGCAUGUUGGCAUCCACGCCUGAGUUUUAUCAAGUGUGCCACACAAAGGCUGCUUAUGAGGAAUAUGGUCCAGGAAUUUGUCGUCAUAAUCCUGUAUUUGGCACCAUGACAUAAUCAUAUAUGUAUCAGACUGUGCUCGCAGAAUUGUUUUCCUCCUCUACCUAUUAUGCAAUUUAUAAAAUUCCACUUAUUUUAAAAUUCUGUUUUAAGUACGUCGAUCGUGCAAUUUGGCAUCGUUUACGAAAACUCGCAACGGUUAGCCAGAUAUAAUUGAGGUUAACGCAGACAUCAACCUUUUCUACGUAUGCUGUGUUAAAUCUUCGUAAUACAAUGAAAUGUAUCUGUGUAAUGUUGCUAAGUUGUAAUGUAAUUCGUCGUAUGUAAUACUUAAAGUCAAUAACUAAUGAUCAAGCUGCAUUUUUUCGUAUUAUUAAAAUUAGAAGAGUCUUAUUAUGCUUAUUAUAAUGAUAUAAAAGAUAAUUAUUUAAAUGGUGCCGACGCAUUUAUUGUAAUGUUGGCACUUUUAUACACAUGCACACUCUUGCAGUUGCUGAACACAAGUGCAAGUAAUGCAAUUGAGUUGAAUAUUUAUUCUUUCUGCGAAGUUAAUAAACUCUUCUAUUUAAUUGCUUUAUUUGCAUUACUUAUGCAAGCGUUGCAAAUGUAUGUUACUCUAUUAUUAACGUAAAUUUCCAUUUUUAUGUUCAGCUAUUAAAAAGUGAAACAAUAUAGUAUGAGAAAGUAUAUAACUAAAUAUUUAACAUUUUGGCCAAUUACAAUUAAAUUGAAUAAAAACUACGACAAAAACUAUUAAUGAAUAGUAAUGUGCGAAUACACUGAAAAUAAAUUGUGUGAAGAAUGUGAUUCUUUAAGAGAAUUAAAUAAAAUCAAUGUGAAAUAAAAAACAACUUUAAUUUA